UUAGUUACGAGCGGGGAUGAUUAUGGUGGGCGAGUCCAGGGAGCACGAACUAGAAUCUACUCCAAUGGCUUUAAAACUAUAACUUUUAGGAAUCCUGAUAAAGAAUGGAAAACCAUGCGGAGGAUUGCUCAGAAAGGUUUGAAGCAAUACGGAGAAGGCAUUGCCAACAUAGAACGUAUCAGUAUGGAAGAGAUUCGCGAAUGCCUCGAUAAGUUUGACAAAACAGAGGCGUUUGAUCCGUAUGACGCCAUCGAAGAUAUGGUUAUCGGAAUCAUCAUAAUAGUUUCAAUGGGCGUGAAACUGGGCGUCGAUGAUCCGUUACACCAAAAGAUCAAACUUGCUGAAAAACUGACUCCAUUUGCGUUUGCAGUUGAUACGUCAUACCUCGAUUUGGUUCCUUGGCUAAGAAAUAUUCCCAUUGAGGCUACUAGAGUUUUCAAUGAUGCAAUCGACGCCGUGCGACAAAUGGAAUCGGAGAUAUUUCAGAGAUCAAUGUCUAACUUGGAGAGGUCGAAUAUUGCUGGUGUGUUUGAUGCCAUUAAUUCGAAUAGUGAACAUUUGGACGAAUCCUUCAUUAAAGGCGUGACUAACGAUAUUACACUUGCCGGAACAGUAACAACAACAACACAAAUCAGUUCAAUGGUUGCAUUAACAGUGGACUAUCCGAAAGUACAACAGAAGUUACAAGAUGAAAUAGAAAGAGUGAUAGGUCAAAGAUUACCAACGUAUGAGGAUCGGCGCUCAAUGCCAUACAUGGAAGCGUUCAUAUUGGAGUCAAUGCGUUAUAUGUCGGAGGCGGCACUAUCUGUACCACACGCAACGUUGAAGGACGUAACACUGAGGGGGUACUUCAUACCCAAAGGCACCCAGAUUUGGCCAAACCUAUAUGGACUUCAUCACGAUGAGCGAUUCUUUCCAGAUCCCUACACGUUUAAACCCGAGAGAUUCCUGGACUCAAAAGGAGAGUUGAUACCAGCUGAUGAGAGAAAAUAUUUGAUGCCAUUUGGGGCUGGCAAAAGAGUAUGUAUUGGAGAACAGCUGGCCAGGAUUCGAAUGUUUCUUUUCAUGACAACCUUGCUUCAGCGCUACACACUGUGCCCUGAGCGGGAAGGAUGCCCUCCUAAUUACGACUCGCG